AUGGGUUCCAUCACCACGUUCAUCGACACUGGCGCUUUCUGCGCCGUGUACGCGUGCAAGUACCGGGGGUGGAGCGUGGUGGCCAAACGCGUACGACAAGACCUACCCCUCUCCGAGCGGAGAGCGGCCCUGGCCAAUUUGUGGACAGAGUAUGACUGCCUCCGGUCUCUGUCCCACCCAAACAUCGUCGACGUCUACGGCAUGUGUCGCGUGAGAUGUCGCGAAGACUACGACGAUUGGAACGAGAGAGACGUCUGCCUGCUGCUGGAGAAGCUGGCUUUCGGAACCGUGGGACACCUGUUCGAGACAAUCGUGCCCGUGGACAAGAACCUUAAGACCACAAUGGCCCGGGCGCGGAAGAUGAAGAUGGUUCCUUUUCGUUGCCGACUGCAGCGAACUCUGGAGCUCGCGCAAGCCCUGGAGUACGUGCACGGAGGGUCUGGUAUCGGCCCCAUUAUGCACCGCGACGUCAAGAGUGUCAAUGUUGGGUUCGCGCAGAAUGGGCGCCUCAAGCUCAUGGACUUCGGACUCUCCAAGAAGGCUCCGCCCGGCGGUGAGGAUGAUGACACCUACAAGAUGACCGGCGAGGUGGGGUCCUACAGGUACAUGGCACCCGAACUCGUGAAGCACGAGCCGUACAACGUUAAGGUGGACAUCUACAGCUGGGCUAUCCUCAGCUGGGAGAUUUUGGCCAUCGAGAAGCCAUACUCGGACAUGAGCGAAUAUACUUUUAUCAAGAGGGUGGUCAAGGGCGGAGACCGUCCCGAGGUCCGCAGGAGCUGGCCCAACCAGCUUUGCACGCUACUCGCCUCCGCUUGGCACGCCGACCACGCCAAGAGACCGGUGGCGGCGGAUAUAGUCACAGCCCUCAAGAUCAUCUACGCGGAGCUCUCACCAAAGGACAGACGGAAGAAGCCCUCCUACGAGUCAACGUCGGCACUAAGUGGUAGGCGCGGUAGUCUCCGGAGGCGUGAUAAAAGCAACCGCCGCCACUCCUGGUCGCAGCUAUCGUCGAGGACUCCAGCGAGUGCCUUCAGCGGCACUCGACUUCCAAGCAGGAGCAACGAGACCGGAAACGGCAGAGGUUCUGCCACGCGCGACGACAGCGGCCGCCUCUUUGCUCCCUCUUCCUCCCGUCCCUCGCCCGGGUGUGUUUCGUCGUUGGAUAGGAGUAACUCCUUGCCGCUGCCGCUUCAUCCGACGUGCUCUCCCACCUUUGUCGCCCUGGCGAAGCGAAGGUGGCGAUCAAUCCGCAGGAAGAGUCAUGGGCCCGGUCUAUUCGAAGGCGUGGCUUCGGCGCCGCUCAACGGUGAGGCUUGGGGUUCGGCGCCGGGGGGGAAAGGCGGCCGAGGCAGCAGCGUGAAGGUGGCGACAGAGCGGGAUUCGUCAGAGGGAACCAGAUGGUCACGUCCGGCACCAGAAUCGCUUCUCGUAGCCAGCGUCCUCAAAUCAAAGGAGAGCGACGAAACCGGCAGCGAAGGCCAAGGCAGGGCUCCAGUGUGGACUACUACUGCCGUCGGUGUUGCGGAUGACACUUCCACUUGUGGCGGUGGCGUUGGUGGAAGCUGCGGUGGGCAUCGUUGCCCGCAGCACCAGGCGAUCAUUAGCAAGAGGGAAAUCAUCGCCGAUGCACUCCGGCGAGAGACGGCGGGGUUGGUGUCGUCGGGGGCGGCAGAUGCGCCGUCAUGGUCGCAGCAGGUGUGCCAGAGCAGGACGACCGAAAUCACAACAGCACCAAAGGUAGAGGUGGGAGAAGAAGCAAGGCACGACUGCCAGAGAAGGAGCGGCGGCGUCGGCGGCGACCACGAGCGCGAACCGGCUGCUGCAGCAAACCGAGCCAAAACAGCACAUGGUGUCGGCGGCCAGUGGGUUCCAGAGGAGGAAAGGGUGCGGAGCGCGUCGGACGUGUCGCGCAGGGUGCGCCGCAAUAGCAGCGUCAGUAAACUGUGGCCAACAUCGGCUUCGACCAACGGCGGUGGCAUUAAAGGCGCAAAACUUGUGGCGGCGGCGGUGGCUUCGGAAUGAAACAACCAAAAGCUAUUAAUAUGUGCUCUGGCUCGACAGACAUGGAAUGAACCGGCUAACCCAGAGAGAAAACCGGAGUGUGUGAGCGGCUUUGCCGACUCGGCGCGAUGUGUUCAUAGCUGUCGCUAAAGUUCGGUCCCGCUCCGUUGCAACCACAGCAGUUUUUGGAUUGAGACCCAUUUCGGAUUGUGG